CCGGGAGACGGUCAACCUUCCUCAAAUAAAACCAUUUCACUAAACUCAGUUUCCGGUGAAAUUGCAAAUAACAGAAAAUGCUUUCACCAUGUGUCACAAGACUGUUUGGGAGAAAGGUCAUUGAAAAACAGGUUAAUUUGUGUAAAAGGAAUAGUUCUAGUCUGAACGAAGGUGUCCCAAAAACUAGGAAGGUGAGAGUUCGCUUCGCACCAAGUCCAACGGGUUUACUACAUCUGGGCGGAUUUCGAACAGCAUUGAUAAAUUACUUGUUUGCUGUGAAACAUGGUGGAACGUUUAUCCUUAGAAUUGAGGACACAGAUCAGACGAGACUGGUCCCGGGGGCUGUAGAAAUGAUGAAGACAGAUCUCGACUGGCUAGGAAUAACACCACAUGAAGGGCCUUCUUCACCAAAGUCAAAGUACGGACCCUAUACUCAAUCUGAGAGGCUUUCACUCUACGAAGAAAGUAUAAACCAACUAGUAGAGUUAGGCCAAGCGUAUGAAUGUUUCUGUUCCGAAACAAGACUGGAUUUGAUAAGGAGGGAGGCUAUGAGACUGAGACAAGUGCCAAAGUAUGACAACAAGUGCAGACAUUUAACCAGGGAGCAAGUGAAAGCGAAGAAAGCAGGAGGAGAAAGCUUUUGUUUUCGUUUUAAGUUACAACCUGAAUUCGUAAAAUUAAAGGAUAUGGUGCAUGGUCAAGUGAAAUUCGACUUGACAGACCGUAAUUAUGAAGGAGAUCCAGUCGUUGUAAAAUCGGACGGGUUUCCAACCUAUCAUUUUGCAAAUGUCGUUGACGAUCAUUACAUGGAAAUUUCGCAUGUUUUACGUGGAAUCGAGUGGCAAGUUUCUACCCCAAAGCAUUUGCAAUUGUAUAGAGCUUUCAAAUGGGAAGCAACACAGUAUGGUCAUCUUCCAAAUGUGGUGAACAAAGAUGGGACAAAGCUAUCUAAAAGGCAAGGGGAUAUUAGCAUGAAACACUACCGAGAUAUGCUAUACUAUCCUAGAGCACUUUCCAAUUUUGUGACUAAAAGUGGUGGUGGCUUCCUUGACCAUAACGUGGACAAGAUUUAUUCACAUGAGGACCUUGCAAUUUCUUUUGACAUCUCAAAAGUGAAUACCGCUGCAUGCCGAUUAGAUUUCGAACUUUUAUCCAAACUGAAUCAAUUAGAGUUGCGCAAUGAAGUUGAAAAUAACUUGGAAUCUGUGGUCGAAUCCCUAUCAGUUAAACUGUCAUCGCUACCAAAUUCUUCACAGUUUUCAAAGCCUUACUUGGAAACAAUUUUGAAGUGGUGCCCUAGCAGGACGGCUUCCUUGAUGGACCUUUUUAGUAAUCAAUUUUCUUAUCUAUGGUCUAUUCCUGGACCAAAUUCCGCCUCUAAAAUUAAACAUUCACCCCAAGAACUGCUAAGUUUUAUUGACCAAUUUGAAGUCUUCUUGAACAAAUCUACAUUACCAGAGCACGACAUAUCUCAAUUUAUAAAAGAAUAUUCUUCUUCCAACGAUCUAAAAUUUCAAGUUCUCAUGGCAGACUUGAGACUACUCCUUUGUGGGGUGCAGAAAGGACCGCCUAUUGCAGACUUGGUUAGUUUAUUUGGCACACAGUCUACCAUCAAACGAUUAAGAAGUGGUGUUGAGCAAACUUUAAGUAUUAAACAAUCUUCGAAAUCACAAAUCCAGUAGCUAAAUAAACAAAUAUGGUCGAAACA